AUACCACUCCAUACCAAUUCGAGCGAGCGUCGACUGCGCUCGUGUUCCGUGUCGCGCGUUCAUGUCUUGUGUGUGAUCCCACGUGUGUCGCGUAUAUACCCUCGUGGGUUUUUUUCCCCUUGUGGUUGCAUAAGCCGCCAAGAUUCGGGUGAAGAACCGUGAGCCGGUGCCGGCGUAUGCGAUGGCCGACGCCGAUCGCGACUCGGACCUCGGAGACGACAGCCCAGUGGUGAUCUGCGCGGUCUGAAGGCGAGUCGUCGGAACAGUCUUGCGAGAGCUCCGACGAGGGCGUAGGCCGAGACGCGCCUGCGCACCAGUCGCUACAGCACCAACAGCUGCCCCACCAGCCUCUCAAUAUGAACCACCACGCCACAAACCACCAGCAGAUGAAUAAUCAUCAGCUCAACCACCACCAGAGGAACUCGCCGAGGCCGCAUGAGCGAGAGCUCAAAGUGCGAGAUGACUUCGAAUCGCUCAAGUCCUCGUUACACCCGCAUCUUUCGUCUCUGGCAUCUCUGGCCCAGGGCGCUCCACUUUCCACACCGAGCAGUGUGUUCGCGCUGGCUGGUGGCGGCCCCACCGGUGGGUUUCCGUACGCUCCCCCCGCGUUCCUGGCCCCUGCACCCCCGCCACCCGCUCAGCCCGCCGGCUCAGCAUCAUCCUCGUCUUCUGAAGGCAGCGCAGCAGGAUGGAGCUUCGAAGAACAGUAUAAGCAGGUCCGUCAGUUAUACGAAAUCAGCGACGACCCACAAAGGAAAGAGUUUCUCGACGAUCUGUUCUCAUUCAUGCAAAAACGAGGCACUCCAAUAAACCGGCUGCCGAUCAUGGCUAAGUCUGUGUUGGACUUGUACGAGCUGUACAACCUCGUGAUCGCUAGAGGCGGCCUCGUCGAGGUCAUCAACAAGAAGUUGUGGCAGGAGAUCAUCAAAGGUCUUCGGCUUCCGUCGUCUAUCACCUCCGCUGCAUUUACUUUGAGGACACAGUAUAUGAAGUACCUCUAUGACUACGAGUGUGAGAAGAAAAAUCUGUCGACCCGUAGCGAGCUGGAUGCGGCCAUCGAAGGCAACAAGAGAGAAGGACGCAGAGCAUCCGGACAGUAUGACGCUCAGGCGGCUCUCGCUAUGCCUCCACUAAGCCGCGGGGUACCUGCCUCGCUCGCACAACUGUCUCAACACAUGCAGCCUCUCUCGCUCUCACUCGGCGGGGGAGUAGCGGGGGUGCCGCGGUUGCCUCCACUGCCCCCGCAUGCCCCGCACAUUUCCCAGCACGACAUAGAGUACAGAGUCAGAGAGUACAUGAAGAUGAUUCAGCAACAGAGGGAGCUUAUGAGGAAUGUCCUCUGCCCAGGCUCGGAGUCGCCCCCGGGGAACCCAGCCCCGAUCAUGUCCCCGCGCGAUGCCGCCGCCCUCAGCGCUAUCGACGUCUCGCGCUUGACGCUCUGGUCGCUCUACAACAAUAACAACAACAACAGUCCCCAGCCAGACCUGGAGCCACAACGCGAGGCCCUGAAUCUGAGCGAGAGUCCAAACUCAAGCCUGAGCGGCAAGCGCGAGGCGUGCCGCUCCCCCCCGCCCCCCGCCAAGCGGCGCACCCCGCGGCCGGCGUCGCCGCGCUCCCCGCACGCGCCCAGCGAGCGCAGCACGCCGGGCGUGCCGCGCGCCUGUCUGCCGCAGUCGCAGAUCAAUGGAACGCCGACCAACGGCGUCAAUGGUGCCGCUUUUAAGAUUACCACUAGAGGUGAUGUGAGCACAGGCGACCAACAACUGGUGGUCUCAAUAGAACUCAACGGAGUCACAUACGAAGGAGUUCUUUUCCCUUCCCAAAACGGCAGUGGUCAGAAUGGUCACAGGCAGAUGGUCUCUUAAACCAGUUUAGACAAGCACUUACUGUAAGAAUACCUGUUUUCCAAUCCAGAGUGGAAGGAAAUUAAAAAAAUAUUUACAGUUAGCUAACGAAUUGUCCAUGGUCGCGAGGAAAAAGGGGCGGGAAAAUACGAUCCAAUUAAUUGUUUUUGGUAAAAUCUUAAUCGACUCAUUUUUCCCCACCCUAAUCUUCUGAUCAUGGGCAAGACAUUUCGUCAUCAACUGUAUUUUAAUCAGGUUAGGUUUAUAUCUGAGGCAUAGGAAGGUCUACAUUAAAACCCAGUCUAUAUAAAUAGGCGAUUUUAUAUUUUAGGACCAAAAACACCGGCCUAUGUUUUCGAUGAAUAUUUCCAACUUUGAUGAAGAAUUCUUAUUUUAUAUUGGCAAUGUCUAUGUUCAAAUUGGAUAUAAACCCAGCUUAUGGUCUACCAAUGGAAAAUUUGAUCUCAAAACCUUAUCGAGGUAUUUGGGACUGAAUCUAAUGCAGCUAGUAUUGUUAAUUUCAGAACUCAAAUUCGAUAUAAGUACAAAAACCAUCAUCACCCUAAUCAUUGCAUCACAGUAAUAUUAUUGUACUUAAUUUUUUUUUAAAUCUUUAAAUCAGGUCACAGCAAUUUUGGUAUUACAGGAACACGGAAUAAUUUUGUUUUUGUUUAUCGACUUUACAGAGUUUGCUUUCUAAGCGUCUAAAAUCGUCCAAUCUAAAAAUAUUAUUUAAACAUUAAUAUCAGGAUUUGUAUUACUUUUGUGACACCAAAGUUACUGUGGUUACAUAAUCAUAAAUAUAAGCAAACUAGAGGCAUCUCUAGUUUGCUUAUAUUAUCAUGCGUACAUAAUUUGAAUAUUUAUUUUUUACGUCACUGCCUAUAAAGAACAUGAAAUUAUUUGUAUAAAAUAAUUAUCACGUGUUCUUAAUGGAUGUUUGUGUAUAAUAAUUUUAAUACGUUUUUUUAUAAUGUCAUAGAAGAUGACAAUUUAUGUAAAUAUAGUUUUUAUGUUAUAUUUAUAAUUCGAUGUUUGCGUGAAAAAGUUUGUGUAAAUUUGUGUAAAUAGAUUUUAAUUGGUUGGAUGCUUUUUGUACGUAUACACCGUACUGUAUGGUCGCUGAAGGUGUAUAUUUAAUGUGACUACGUUGUCAGUAUUGUAUCUAGUAUGUAGGUAAUUUAUAAAUGUGUUAGCCGCUUUUUCUCUGUUGGGCGAAUCAAUUAUUAUAAUUUUCUUAGGACCGUCGUGAUUUUUUUAGUAAAUUAAAGUAUUGUCAAUGCAAGCAAGUAGUUAGGUAUUCUGUUACUUAUUUCAUGUUUAAAAAAGCAGUAUAUAUUUAAAAAAUAAUAAUAAUUUAAUGUGCAUCGUAUAAUAUCAUAAAGCGUAUUUUAAAUAUCAUUUUCUCAUAUUAAAAAGAUGUAACUUAUUUAUAUUAAUAUUUAUACAAAUAAAUUGUUUCCCCAACAGAGAAAUCUCGGCUACCGUAGAGAUACAUCAUAAUUUUAUAAAUGUGUUACAAUGCUCGGACUACAUGUUUAAAAUUAAAAUCCGAAUAAUAUAAUAUUGAUCUGAUUAACAAUUCUCGAAUACUGAAAUCCAUGAAGAUGAACGAUGAUCCAUGGUAACACGCACUCUUAUAUAAUAUUCUCAUUUAUACGUCAAAAUUAUCAUUGUCGCCUAUUAAAAAGAGAUUUUAAUUUAGUACGCAAGGUGUUACUCACGUGAAUAAAUAAAAAACUGAUCAACUAAUUUAUAAGAAGCAAAAAUUCGGUAAAUAUAUGUAGGUUACAGUUUUUUUGCUUCUGUAUGACAGCUGUGAUUGUUUUCUUUAAUUUAUUGUAACACCCUGUAAAAUGCAGAAUGUUUGUUAAAGUACUAUUUUGUAUUAAGUAAAAAGACCUACUUAAAUACGAAAUAUUUAAUAAUAAAACGAAUAACUAUUUAAUAAUGCCAUUUCCGUAGUAUAACUUAAGGUAAUAAUUAGAAAUAAAUGUAUUACAUUAAGGUAACUAUUAAACACCCAUUUUAUUGUUAGAAUGACACAAUCAAUAUGAAAGAGACAGAAAAAAAUAUUUAAAUUUACUAAUUUUAAACUAUUGGUACUGACUGUUAAUAAAUGGGCAGCAUUUUAUUUUGCGGUAUAUAUGACGAUAUAUAUCAGAUUUAUAUCUUCUUUUUAAUUAUUGACAAAUUUUGCAAUGAAUAUUAUUAUUUUGGAUAAAUUAUGUUUGUCGAAUUAUAAUAAUUUAGUCUAUCUAAUUAAGAUCCGUAAAAAAUAAUUUAGUGCAAUAAAAAUAAAUCACAAAAAAAUAUGUCGGAUAAAUUUUGGUAACAAUUUAUUGUAAAUUAUAAAAAUGCUUUGUAAAUGACUGAUUUACUGUUUUAUAACUGUUUAAAUUAAUAUUUAAUUUUUUAAAUGUAAAAAUGAGUUUACUAUCUUAAAUUACACAUGUACGAAUUAAGUAGACAUAGAUAUAGUACAUUCCUGAUGAUGUACAAUACUUAUAAGGAAACAUAUUGAGCGCUGGCCUACAUAUAUAAGGGUAGGAGAGGUCAGGAGAUUACGCAUUAGCGAAUUUCGUGUUACACCAAAAAUUUUUGAUGUAUUCAAAUAAAUAAUAAUUAUGUAUUAUGAAAA